AUGGCAUCUCAACUGGUGAUAGGACUCCUGUUUGCGACGACUUUGGUGCUGGGACAACAUAAUGAACAGGUUAAGAGAAGUUUCGACACAAUUUGUGAGCAGUAUGACUACAUCGUGGUCGGGGGUGGAACGAGCGGCCUCCUCGUCGCCAACAGACUCAGUGAAGACCCAAAAAAAACUGUCCUAGUAGUCGAGUACGGAGACUUUGCCAACACAAUCAACAUCACGGUACCCUACUUUGCAACAUACGACCAGUCGGCGCGCCUCUACAACGUGACGUCCGUUCCUCAAGCGCAUCUCGGCAACCGUACAUCCCGUCUUCGUAUCGGUGCCGUAGUAGGCGGGAGCUCCGCUGUCAAUGGCAUGGCCUGGGACCGCGGCUCCGAGGCCGACUACGAUGCGUGGGAAGCGCUCGGGAACCCUGGAUGGGGCUGGGCGACUCUUUCCAAGUACUUCCAAAAGUCGUCCACGUUCGCGCCACCUCUGAAUGAGUAUGUUGAGGAGUACGGGUAUGAGUGGAGUGAGAAUGCGUAUGGUGAUGGACCUAUUCAGGUUGGGUUUCCUUCGUGGCAGUGGCCGGAGUCUGCUCUAAUGGCACAGGCAUGGGCUCAAGACAUCAAAGUGCCGACUUUGAGAGACGGUGCGGACGGCGACAACGUCGGCAUUGCGUGGCUCCCGCAGAACUCUGGCGGCCCGAACGCGACUCGAUCAACUGCUGAGACGGCAUACUUCAAUCCUGUCAGCGCCCGCGAGAAUUUGCAUUUGUUGGUACGUCACUACGGCGCAGCUAUCAAGUUUGAGGGGAACGCAACGACCGGUGUGGUAGUUGGCAGCCGUGAUGGAUCCGACACCAAGUUCGUGGAAUCUCGGAACGUGGUGCUCGCCGCAGGGGCAGUUCAUACCCCUCAAUUAUUGCAGUUGAGCGGCAUUGGUCCAGAGAAGCUCCUGAAGUCUCUUGACAUCGACGUGGUGGUUGACUUACCGGGUGUUGGUGCGAACUUUCAGGACCAUCCCGCCAUCUUUAUGGUCUACGAUUUUACCAACGACACAUCCCUUAACCCGACGCUCAUGACCAACGAAACCUUCUACAACGAAUCCUGGGCAGAAUACCAAGCCAACAGAACGGGCCCCCACACGCACGCCUGGGGAAAUCGAGUGGUCUUCACAUCCCUCCAGGACCUCGACCCAGACAACUACGAAGCCAUCGCCGGCGCCGUCACUUCCCAAGACCCGCUCCAGCACCUCCCCGAAGUCUACGCCGAGAACCCGGUCUUGGUCCAGGGCUUUAUCCGCCAGCGCGAAAUCUUGAGCAAGGAGUUCCGCAACCCCAAAGCAGGCGUCAUGGAAUUCACCUUUGGCGGCGCAGAAUCCGUCCCCGUAGCCCUCCAAAAGCCCCUCUCCCGCGGCACCAUCACAAUCAACAGCACGAACCCGGACCCCGAAUCCUCUGUCACAGGUGCUGGCGGCGCGCUCGUCGACUUCAACACACUCUCCAACCCAAUCGACACGCUCCUCCUCCUCCGCGCCGUCGCCAAAGCCCGCGCCUUCAUGGCGAGUCCCAGCGUUGAGACGCUCGCAGCGGUAGAGAUCCUCCCGGGCCCAGGCGUUGAGAGCGAUGCUGAGAUCGAGGCUGUCAUGCGGGAGUCGUGGCUAUCUUCGAGCUUCGAUCACCCCGUCGGUACGGCGGCGAUGAUGCCGCGGGACUUGGGUGGUGUUGUGGAUAGUGGGCUGAGGGUAUAUGGCGUCGAGGGGCUGUGGGUUGUGGAUGCGAGUGUUAUGCCGUUGUUGCCUGCGGCGCAUACGCAGGCUACUGUGUAUGCUGUUGCGGAGUAUGCUGCCGAUCUUAUUAAGGGUGUUGAGAAGUGA